AUGAAUAUAUUUAACAAGUCUACAUGCUUAGCAUGUAAUUCAUGUAAAUGUUCUUGUGAUGAAAAACACGACUUUAAAAUUACUCAAAGGACAUAUACUUACAAUGAAUUAGACGAUCUUUGUACCAGAGAAAAUCCAACCACAUUUCCAUGCAUUCCAACUGAGCGUAUUAUUUUAAAUUCAAAUGGAAGUUCACAAUUAUACUAUCAUCAAAUAGACAAUGAGUUUUAUGCAAAAAAUAUACUACAUGAUGUUCCUUUAAUAAGUUAUGCUCAAGGGCCAUUUUUUGAGAAAAUAAAUUAUGGAGAUAAUAAAAAAUAUAGUUUACCAACUUUAACUUAUGUAAGUGAUCCAAUAUAUAUAAGACGCACACAAAAAUGUGCUAUAUCGAAAAUAGCUGAUUGUGUAUGCCCUCAAGAAUGCAAAUGUGAUUGA